ACGACAACGCCACCUGGGAGGCCACAUAGCACCUGGAAUAACGUUACUCCCUACAUUUUUUUUUAUAACGUUCUCACAAUCAACGGCGAAUCGACUCGAGCCAACUUGUCUGAAGGGGGGAAAAAAGACGAGACUUGAAACAGCAGAUCAAUUCUACCAUCACCGCCACUCUCGCCAAUUCAACGGUUACCAAGCAUGGGUGUACUACUUGCCCAUUUUUUUUAAGAGCCGUCGACCCAAUCGACGUUAUUAUACGCGUUUCGUGUGGUCAAAACUAGUGUAGCGCCGCAAGGUGCCAUGAAAGCGCGGCGCUGUCCUUUUGCUAACGGCGGGCCUGCUAUCAGGCUAAGCUGGCAACGCUAGCUUGUUAGCUGGCGAGCGGAGACGGAGGCUGAGCUAAUGUUUUUUUUUUUUAUUGUUCGUGCUAAUGUGCUAUUCGUCGACACUUCUGCCCGCUCGAACACGCGUGGCGCCAGGUGUGCGCAGGCCUGAGGAUGGAGAGCUGGAAGAAGGCGAGUUGGAAGAUGAUGCGGGAGAAAUUGAGGUGGAGGACAUCGGUGGAGUUGCGUCUGCAGCGGGAGGAGGUGGUGAUGGGGGUGAUGAAGCGUGCGGAGGAGGUGAGGUUGUGGCGGAAGGUGCUGGGGAGAGGCCUCAGCAAAGCAAGGAACGCCACGCCAACACCGAAUCUGAAGACGAGAGAUCCCACCGUCGUAAGAGGAAGAGGAAGAAAGAGAGGGAGCGAGAACGGGAGAAGAGGAGGUCUAAGAAGAAACGCAAAUCCAAACACAAACGCCAUCCGUCCUCUGAUGACGAACACUCGGACUUCAGUGAUGACUCUGACUACAGUCCCAGUGAGAAGAGGAAAUAUCGAGAGUACAGUCCCCAGUACCCUCCUGCUUCUCAUGGAGGCUACAGUGGCUCAAAGAAGGGUGGCUACAUGAAGAUGGACAAGCCAGGCUAUGGAGGGUAUGAUGACUAUGAAGAAGACAACUACGAGGGAGAGGAAGAGGAGGACAUAGGGGAGGAAGACUACGACGACUUCACCAAGGAGCUCAACCAGUACCGCAAGGCUAAGGAGGGAGGAGGCGGCGGCCGCGGACGAGGGGGCAAAGGUCGUAUGAAAAUGCUUAGAGGCCGUGGAGGAAUGCGGGGAGGUAGGAGGGGUAGAGGAGGAGGCAGGGGAAGAGGAGGACGAGGUGGAGGCGGAGGAGGUGGAGGACCAAAGAUGGGAGGAGACAAUGACGAUGGAGAUGGCUUUGGCGAGGACAUGGAGUAUGGAGAAGAUGACUAUGACAACAUGGGGGAUGAUGACUACGACGACUACUCGAAUCAGUACAAGAAGAAAGACAGAGGCAGAGGAGGUAGAGGAGGCCGUGGGCGAGGCAGAGGUAAAGGAGGGCGGGGUAUGAUGAGAGGAGGAAGAGGUCGAAACAGAGGGAGAGGAAGAGGUGAUAUGGGGAAUGAUGACGACCACGACAUGGACAACGGGGACGGAGGUGGAGGUGAUGGUCCAGGAAUGGGAAGAAGGAAUCAGAAUGAAAAACACCAGGAUAAGAAAGGAAAGGCCAUUUGCAAAUACUACAUUGAGGGGAGAUGCACCUGGGGGGACCACUGUAACUUCAGCCACGACAUAGAGCUGCCUAAGAAAAAGGAACUGUGCAAGUUCUACAUCACUGGAUUCUGUGCCCGAGCCGACCACUGUCCGUACAUGCAUGGUGAAUUCCCCUGUAAGCUCUUCCACACCACAGGCAACUGUGUCAAUGGCGACGAGUGCAUGUUUUCACAUGAACCCCUCAUUGACGACACCCAGGAGCUGCUUAACAAGAUGCUGGCAGAGGAUGCAGAGGCUGGAGCUGAGGAUGAGAAGGAGGUGGAGGAACUCAAGAAGCAGGGAAUCAAUCCGCUCCCAAAACCUCCUCCUGGAGUCGGCCUCCUCCCCACCCCUCCUCGGCCUGUUCCCAUAGACACCAACGCAGGGCCUGGGGAUUUUGGCGGGCCUUCAGCGGGUGACUUUGGGGGUCCUCCUGGACCCAACCAAGGGCCCAUUGCUUGCAAAGGACCCCCAGGUCAAGGGCCUGUUCCUGUCCCCAAUCCCUGUGCCGGCCCCCCUGUCUUUUGCCCAGAUGAAAUCACCUUCCAAGGCAUGCCCCUAAAUCCAAAUGGCCCUCCUCCCCACAUGGGCCCCCCACCUCCUUGUCCUGGAGGGGGAGGUGGUGCGGGGAGGAAAAUUCCCUCAUUGUUCGAGAUUAAAGUUCAACCGACAGGACAACUCGCUCAUAAACUGGCUGUCAGGAGCCAGACUCCCAGUGGCACCCAAACUCAGACCGCAGCACCUGGCCCCCAAGCGGCCCCUGGCGCCCCCCCAACCCGCUUCCCUGCCCCUCCAGGGAUGAUUUCCCCUGACAUGCAGAACAUUGGCCCGAACCUUGGGAUGAACCAGGGGCCCCCCAACAUGGGCCCCGGUGGACCGCCCAUGAUGGGAGGAUUUGCACCCGGAGACGGUCCUCCGCAUGGUAGUCCUAUGCACCCGGGUUCUUCUCAGGGUGGAGGAAACUUCUACAAUAACUUCUUCAAUCACCAGGAGGGUAUGCCAAUGGAGGGAGUGGUUCAAGAAGGUGACAACUAUCAGAGUUUUGGCGGCAUGGAUGAGAGAGGAGGAGCUGGGAAAUUUGGAAAUCAGUCAAGUGGUCAAGAAAGCUCUUCUAAUGGAGCGUCAUCCAACCAGGGAGGGAUUUCUGUCCCUGACUUCCUGCCUCCAGCGCAACGUGUCUUGUUCAUGAGGAUCCAACAUAAGCAGCAAGAAGAAGAGGAGCGAGCUCGCCGGAUGGCCGAAGGAGGAGCAGAGAAGAUCAGAGAUGCUGAAGGUGAUUCAGGGAACUGGUACUCCAGUGAGGACGAGGAUGGCGGUGGUAGUGUGACCUCCAUCUUGAAGACACUCCGUCAGCAGACCCAGGCUCCACAAAAACCUGAUGGCCCCCCGAGUGACCCUCGUCUGCAGAAGGCCCCCCCUGCCAACCCUCCGGCUCGCCCAGCAGACCCCCGCUUGGCCCGGGACCCACGCCUGGCUCGCGCUGCAGAGUCGGCCCAGAUCUCUGAUUCCGCCCACUCAAUGGCAACUCAAUCUUCCGCUGGACCACCGGCAGACCCCAGGUUGGCCCGACUAGCUGCUGCUGCCUCAGCUGGAUCCACCUCCCAUUCACCUCCUGCCACUAAACCAGAACCCCCUCUGGUCUACAAGCCCCCGCCACUUACAACCCCAGCAGUGGAAGAGGAGGAGACGGAGCGGGUUCUACGAGACAAGCCAGUACCCAUUCCUCUGGACCCACUCAUGGGCAUGGCUCUGAGGGACCCACGCUCUCAACUGCAGCAGUUCAGCCACAUCAAGAAAGAUAUUGUUCUCCAAAUGCCGGGUUUUGCUAAAACUAUCACCUGGUCACCUGAAGAUCUCCUUCCACUCCCUAUCCCCAAGCAGGACCUCCUUCCGCUCCCACCAGGCAUCCCUCCUGUGUCCUCUCUAGACUCCCGCCUGUCCCGUGCUCAGCAGCAGCUCCACACAUCGCAUCCUCACUCGCAGUCUCCGCCCGUUCAGUCUCCUCCCUCUGUGGACCCACCUGCUCCCUCCUCCUCCACCUCCUCCAUCCCAGACUUUGAGCUGCUGUCUCGCAUCUUGAAAACUGUCAACUCCAGCCCGUCCCAGACGCCCUCCCCUCCUCACUUACCCACCCCUGCUGCCCCUUCGUCACUGCUGGGUUCAUCUCCCGCCAUGCCUCCUGUGCCUGCAGAAAAGCCUGCUGACCCCCGUGUGGCUCGCAAAGGCCCAACAGACCCCCGUCUCCAGCCACAGAAGUCAGCACUGAAGCAGCCGUCAGAUACCGCACCACCUCCUGUCUCCUCUACAUCUCCAGCAACAACAUCUAGCUCACCUCCCUCUACCAUUGCUCCCUACGACCCUAGGCUGCUUUCCUCAGGUGGGGCAGGGCGCGGUGUCGGUGCUGGGCCACCAGGCGGAGCCAAUGUGCUGAGCAACAUCAGUCUGUAUGACCCAAGGACUAACAAACCAGGCAGCCCAGGUAACAGUGGGGGCUCUAACAACUCCCCCAACUCAGCCAGCACAGAGUCGAAACUCAGUGACCCCACAACGGUUAAACCCAAGUCCAAGGAGCCCCUGUUUGUUCGGAAGUCUGCGUUGGACCAACCAGAGCCAGAGAAAAGUGGAGAGCAAGGGACAGAUCGAUACAACAGCUAUAAUAGGCCCCGGCCCAAGCCUGCACCCUCGCCUAACUCCACCGCCCAGGGAGGGUCCACUGCCGGCGCUUCCGCUGCAGCUGGAGGUCAGAGUGUCCCUGGAGCGGCUGCCGACCAGGGACCUGCAGGUGUCCACAACCUACCAGUGUCCUCACCUUUUGGUGUGGUGAAACCGCCAGCCAAGCCAGGUGGGACCAGUAGCCCCUUUGGAGGAAACAGCCCAGCGCAGCCUGAGCAGGUGGCCACAGAGCAGGACAAAGCCUCACUGAAGGAUGUUUUCAAAGGCUUUGACCCCACGGCCUCACCCUUCUGCCAGUGACCCCCCUAAACCUGCAACCCCACAAGCCCAUCACAUCGUUGGCCACUGGCUUGUUUUAACGUUUUUGGACACUGAGCGGAUAAGUGAGAGAGAGAAAAGCGCACUGAGGCAACUGUCAGUUAGACUGGUUAAGAGAAACUUUGUGAACAAACUGAUGUCAUGCAACAUGUUUCAUGCAAAAAACAGACAUCAGUGUUGCAGAUACAGAUUCUACUAAAGACUCGGGUUCGGGGGAAGGGUUUAAAAUUGAAUAUCUAAAUCUCUAUUUUAAACAAAGUUAUCGAUGUAUAAAUAAAUGUAUUCUCGUCAUCUCAAAGUUAAAUGAAAAUAGUUAUUCAAAGGGCAGCAAAAACACAUUUAUACUCACAUCUCGUUUUGUUAUUCCUUUUCCAUUUCAGUUCUUCACCUUCAUAUUUUUUUUUAGAAAUUCGUCUAAUCUAUAAUCUGUUUGAUGUGCUUGUCUUUGUUUUUUGGCAGUUAAGUUGACAGUGUUCUUGGCUACAGAAAAAGUGAAAGGUUACCGUUUUCUUCUCAGAUUAUCAAAAUAUUACUCAUUUGUGUUUUUUUGUUAUUAAAAAAAGCACUGAGGCAAAUCUAGUCUUGUUGCUCACUGCCUGUGUUCACUGUCCUCUUUAUUCUUUUUAGACACUGCUGACAUUUGUCAAACAACAGCAUAUAUUUUGUCAUCAUUAAUUCAUCAUGCAGAAAAAUCCCUGAACUUAAAUCUACAGUAUAUUGUGCUUGAUUUGUUUUUUUAGUAUUUAUUUUUCUACUGCUUUGCACUCUGUUUCUGUCCUCCGAGGGUUCUAUUAAUAUUUUUAACGUCUGUCUCCUCCAGCCGUGUCAUUUCAGCCGCCCAAAAUGGGCAACGUUGUUGUUAUAGGAAGAGACAUGUAACCUUUCAGUACUGGCUUCUCUUCACCACUACACCACUGUCCCCGCCCUAACCACCCACCCACCCAUCAUUUAUUGUUGUUACCUUUUCUUUAAAGGUUUAUCUGUCUGAAAUUGGAGAUGGUCUACUUCUUAAAGGCUUCUGUUGCUUUAAGUGAGCUGACAUGGAAAAUUGAUUUCGCUGAUCAGACUACAGAUACACACAUGUCCUUCUCCAGUAGCUCAUUGUAGCUGGCUGAUGGUUAGCAAUAGCUUUAGUGGUGUUACGGGCAUAUUUUACAAGUUUUGGGGUGGGUUUUUUUUUGGGCUCUGCUGAAAAGGUGAUGUUGCCCAAAUGACUCAAACUAAUUAGAGAGCUCUGCUCAGUCAACAUUUUUAUUUUCCACCUUUUUCAGAAUAGGACACUUAUUCACUGUUUAAAAGAACAAAAACAUUUAUUUUUUAGUUAUUACGAUGGGUAAGGAAACCUACAGGACAUGGCUGUGGAUUUCUGAGACUGGAACACAAAUGCAUCAUUACAGCAACAUGCUACAAACUUUUGGUUCUGUGACAAUCAUAAACUAGACUUGGAUCUGAAAUCCAAUGAAUUCAUAAAUCUUGCAGCGAUCUGUGCAGGUGCUCCCUCUGCUGUCAGUCUGAACAUUUCUCAGGCUCAUAGUAGAAGAAGUGCACACUUCAUGGUAAUGAAGUGUUUCAAACAUCUCUCCAGAGCUUUCCCGACUAGUUUAUCAGUUAUUUGUUCCCGUUUAGCCUGAUGAGCCAGAUAUGUCACUGCUAGGCUUGUUUGGAAAUGUCUCAAUGUGGGGUCAGUGUAGUGGAGCUUUAAGAAGAUUUUCACCUCCAGAAGGCAAAAGUUGUACAACAGCUCUCCGGAUCAUCUUCAACUGUCUUCUGUAUAAAUGUUGAUCAUUUUUUAUUUAUUUUUUUAUACACUUGGUAAAUAUACUUCCUCAAUUGUUGUUUUUGGAACUGAAUCAUUUUUUAUGUCAGGAUAAAGAAAGUUCCACUCACCUUAGUGGGAUGCAGGCAGCCUUUAACAGUGUAAGACAGGAGGAUUAGUUUUUUUUUUUUUGUUUUUUUUUGGGGGGGGCUUUUUUGUAUAAAAACUCAAAUUAAAAGAUUCACUAUUUCUCUCUACUGCCAGGCAAUCAGAAAAGCCUGUUAGGUGCCCUGAGUGUCGGCUAUAGCAAGUGUGAAAGUUAAUAUUGAUUUGUUCCUUUAUGACUUGGUUUUGUAAAUUUCAUGUUCUUAUUUUCUUGCUAUGUAAAUUUGACCAGUACCCUGCCUGGAGGAGUGGGGUUUUCUAACUGUACACUGUAGGUGAGGUUGUCAAAGUAUUUAAAUAAAAGUUGAUACCUGAUCAACCAGUAACAA